AUGGGUCAAAAAAGCGAGACUGUAGUUUUUGCAAACCAGCUAGAAACUACGCCUGAUCUUUUGCCUAAUAAUGAUGUUUACAAGAUUAGGAUUGGCCAAAGGCUGUUUGAGGUUUCAGGUGCUGCGCUAAAUUCGGAUGCACCCAAUUUUUUCACCCAGUUCUUCAAUGUGCAUGAUAAGGAUACCGUUCUGUUUGUUGAUAGAUCUGAAGACGUAUUUAUCAUGAUCUACAGGCAUUUACAAGGUUACUUUCCUGAAAUUAAGAACGAGAUACUCUUUUCUGCUCUUUUCACGGACGCGUUAUAUUUCCAAUUACCAAGACUAGUCAAACUCAUCAAGGAAUACGAAUACUACUUCACCAACGUUGGAGGGGUCCCUUUCAAAGUGCCGAAGUCAUUGUUUCGUCAGGAAGGCAAUCGGCAGAAUUAUUUCGAGAUGAUUUCUCGUACAUACUAUAAAGAGAUUGAGCGAUGGGAGUCGGAUAAGAGGUUGGACUUCCCGCCUUUACAACCGCCUUCGUAUAUUGCCAGAUCCCCAGAAUUUUUCCAAGAUAUAUUAUCUUUAUUAGGUGGUGCCGAAUUGGAAUUAUCUGAAAAUAGAACUGCAUCAUUAAUCAAAGAAUGUCGAUUUUACCAGUUUAACAGACUAGAGCAAGAAUUGGUCAAGUCAAAAACCACCUAUAAUCCCUUAAGCAAUUGUCAAGAAAUCUGUAUAGCUCUUAACAAUGUUUCUAAAAAUGGUGUAACUAUAGAAGCGUUAUCGUCACCUUAUACUGAAAACCAAUCUGUAGCUGUAGCUAGUUACCUCAAUGAAAAUUCAGGGAAAAAAACCCAAACUGCAAGUACCAAAGCCGAAGCUGAGUCGCACAACAAUGAGGAUUUCGGACCACCAACUAAAAAGGUAAGACAGUCAAUUGACAAGCAUGAAAGACACUGGAAUAUGGUAAAAUACCAAAGACCCUAUAUCGAUACAUUUUCCCGUGAGCUUAUUUUCCAAUUACAUUCUAACCAGUGCAAGAUAAUAUUCAAUAAAAAGGAUAAAACAGUUCAUGUAGACCUAUCCAAAGAGGCUGCAGAAACGUUUGAAAGAAAAUUCUCUGAAAUUCUAUUGGAAGCGUCGGGUAUUAAAAUUGAUCUGUCCGAAUAUAAAGUCAAACUUCGUGACAGUCAAAUGCAAAUGGAAUUUCAUUUAAUCAUCCCAGCAUGCGUCUCCAUUUGUGACUUGGUGGUUAACGGCGCGAAAUGCUGCAAUAUUUUCUCAUUAGUCAACGACUCCAAAUGUAAGGAGAGGGUCUUAGAUUGCACUAAUUUGAAAGUUUUAAAUUGUGUCCAUGGCUUGAAACUACAUUUAUCGAAAUCUAUGUGGAAGUUGGGAAUAAAUAAGGGAAAAAUUAUCCUAAUUGCUGUCAAAGCCGAGGCGUUUUCAGGGACGAAAGAAUACUGCAAGAUGAUUAAUUUUCUGUAA